CAAUUUUCGCUCGCUUUUCUUACUCCUGCACCUCCAUCUUUGGUAACGCUUCUCAUCACCGCGCGUGUGCCUGCUAGAUAAAUCUUUCAAUUUUCAAUCAUUCUCUUCUCAGUCGGCAGAAAAUAUGGAUGAUUGAGACAGGUGCAGGAUGAGCGAAUAUUCUCGUUGUAAAUUCCAUAACCAGAAUUUAUAGAUUUAACAAACUGAACAAAAAUCAUCGAACAUGGCCAAUGAAAAUUUAAUUCAAAUUGUGAGGGCUGAGCGACAAGGCAUCCUCCUUCGGCUCCUCUGCUUCCGAAAAAAGGAUCUGCAAGCUGUGGACUCUGUGAUGUCGAGGCUCGCAAGCCGCCUCGAAACCUUGCCAGCUCCGUUGUAUGAAACGGAAAUUAUUGACAAAACGGUGGCAGUCUUUACGGAUGACAGGUGGAUGAGGGGCACUUAUGGCAAAAACAGCGUUGUGAAUCUGUUCGACAUCGGUGUUCAGAAGAUUGUGCCUCUGAAGCAGAUUAGAGUUGGGCUUGCUGAGAUGCAAAUGCCUCAAAUCACCUUCUGGUGCUGCCUGCAAAACUUUUUUGCAAACUGUGGCAAAACGCAAAUUGAAGAAGCUGUCCAAGGAAUGGAUGCAGAAAUUGCCUCUGAGAGAAAAGUUAAACGUUCUCUUUUGGUCAAUCUGCGCAUUAUAAGUGGCCCACUGGAAGAAAUGCUGGAGCACUUGGGACACGGAACUGUGGUGGACCCUCUGGAAUUCAUUGAAUAUUACAAACUGGAAGCCGUCUACGAUGGAAUCAUUUCCCACCUAAGACAGCAUGGAGUGGUGGACAUAAGCUCCAAAAAUUUAGGGCCAGACGUGCUUACAGCAACUAGGAUGCUACCUAACAAUGUCCUCCUAGCUGCCAAGGUCGUUUCUGUAACGAAAGGUCCAAAGCAGUUCUUAGUUCAGCUGGAACAGCAAAAAAGCCUUGCCAAUAUCAUUGGAAGAAUGUUUGAGGUGACUCGGCCACUGGAGUUGAUUCCCAAAGCUGACGAUGCUUGCAUGAUACAAUUGGGAGACUCUACCAAUGUUGCAAGGGCUUUGGUUGUAAGCUGUGACGGACUAACAGCCAAUGUUGUACUCUUGGAUGUGGACAUGUCCGAGGUUGAAGUGGACAUGAGGUCGUUGAGAGAAAUGCCUGAAAUAUUGAAGAAGAUUCCACCUCAGGUUUCACCUGUGAGCCUAGUUGAUGCCGAUCAAUUCACUGAAGCUGGCGUCGAAGCCUUCAAGAAAGUUGUCCUUGGGAAUGAUCUUGAAUUGAUUGCUUUUGAAGGAGAUAGAGAUACUUUACAAAAAUGCAAACUGACUGUUGAUGGUGAAAGUGUAUUUGACUUGAUGACGGAAAUGGUUAUUUGCAAAGCCUACAAGCGUGAAACCUUAUGUGUGGGCAACAAAUACUUAGUCAGACUAACAAGAAUCAAGCCGAGAAACGAAGCUUGGUCAUUCUACAUUCAACUGGCUAUUAGAAAACAGGAGUUGGUGGAUUUAAAUGAAAGGAUCAACAAGCAUUGUGAGUUGAGGAGUGCUGUGAGCCACCAAUUUUUCAUUGGAGACCCAGUUUUUGCAAAAUGUCAAAGUGGGUUGUGGAAAAGAGCAGUUGUGCUCAAGAAGAAAACCAGCUCCACUGAGGUGUUGUUUGUUGAUGAUGGCGUCGAGGCUGAAGUAUUCGAGCUUCGAGCAGCGUGCCCCACCCUUGUGGAUGGCCUUAGUGCUCAGGGCAUUGAAUGCUUUUAUGCAGGAUGUGACAUUGAUUUUAAAAAUGCAUCUGCAUUGCAAGCCAUGAUUGGAACUAAGCACAACUUCAUGGAAGUUGUGGAGUCUCUUGAGAGUGGCCAAUAUAAGGUCAUCCUGCUUAAUACUCUGACUCACCCUCCAUCAGACAUCUUGGCUUCUCAACACCCUUUGCAACAGCCGCCAUUCAUUCGUCGAAACUCAUUGAGCAGUGUGGCGUCUGUGUCAGUGGCAUCGUCAAUUUGCCAUGAACUUGGUCCUUUUGAGCAACCACCAGAAACCACUGAAAAAUACUUGCCCAUUGUGCGUUCUCCAAUGCCUUCCAACAUUGAGCCCCACAGAGCAAUUUCAGUAAUGUCAAACUACAGUGAUGACCAAUUCAACGUAACAUCUACCAGCAAUGUUUCCCAUACUUCUGCUUCAUUGAAGGAGGAACCCCUACAUCUCAGUGCAGGAGAAACAGUGAAAAGGCGAAGUUCCGAGACAAUGAGCUCAUACAGCUCACAAAUGAACUUCGAUCAUGGGAAUGAUAUGCACACUCCUGCAAAAAAGAGUCAAAUUGAGGAUUUGUCCUUUUCUGAGCCAGCUAGGUACACUGACAUGAUUGUUCAUCCAUCCAGUAAGUUCAAUGCCAUGCUCUCUUGGAUGAUCAACCCCUCAAGAUUCUAUGUGCAACCAGCCUGCUUCUCUAAGCAACUUGAUGAGCUGAUGGCAUUGAUUGAAAAAUUUAAGCCUGACGAAAUGCCUUGUUUGCGGUCCAUUAAAAGUGGCGAUCCCUGCCUGGCAAAGUUUGAUGGCGCCUGGUACAGAGCCAAAGUACUGCAUGUUUCUGGUGACUCUGCAGAUGUGUUCUUUGUUGAUUACGGCAAUAUAACUACAGUCUCCAUUGCUCACGGAGUUCGUGGCAUUAAUAUGCAACUUAUUGAAAUGCAAGCACAUGCUGUUCUCUGCAGCUUGAAAGGCGUCGGAAUGAAGACGUAUUGGACAGAAAGAGAAACUGACAAACUGAAUGACAUCAUCUGCGAGGGUGUCAUGAUGGUAGAGGUAGUAGGAAUUUGGAAUGACACUUUCAGUGUUAUCAUUACCAAAAAUGAUAAAAACAUCAAUCUGGCACUUGGCGCUUCAAAGGAAAGUCUGCAGCCACUUGCCUACAUCCCUGAAAUGAAGCCCUUUGAGAGGCAGCGAGCUGUUGUCUCUUGGUUCACCUCUCCCAGCAACUUCUUCAUCCAGCCCCAAGACUUUCAGAAUAGACUGGCCAUUUUGACCAAACAAUUAAGCUUGUGCUUCAAAGGAUGUACGUUGACAAAGAAAUUCGUGCAGAUAGGUAGUUUAGUUUUGGCUCCCAUUGGCGGAAAAGACUUUGCUAGAGGAGAAGUUUCAGACAUAAAAGACUCCAAGGCUCGUGUCUUUCUGGUUGACUACGGACAAUUCAUAGUUAGCCCCAUUGAAUCCUUGCAUCCUCUGCCUGAUCAGUUGAGGGCCAUUGAAAAGCAUGCUCUCCACUGCUCGCUCUACGACCUCAAGCCAUUCCCAAAUGAAGAUUGGCCCAAAGCAGGCCAGUGUCCUGCAAUUGACAAAUUGUUUAAGAAGACAGACCUGGAAUAUUUCAUUCGUAGCAGAGACAAUGAUGGGCUAGCCAUGGUGAAAUUGAAGUGGCAGGAUGUGGACUUUCGUGAUCUGCUUGAAAUUGAAGGGGUAGCAAAGCGAAUCGGGAUGGAAGAAUCCCUUCCGGUUCAAAACGUCAACCUGAAGCAUUACUUCAUGUCUAACCUAAGCAAUCUGCCAUUCGUGAAUGUUCACAAUGAAGACAAUGUGAUGACCAUCAGAAAAAUCAGUCAGAAAAUUACUCCCACAGACUUGCAUGCUCCUGAAGCUUGUCACACUGGUGAUAUGUGUGCAAUUGAAUACGCCUUUGAGGGAACUGCACCUACUUGGCAUAGAGCCAAAAGGCUUUCAGAUGGAACUUAUCUGAUGAUUGACUUUGGCAUCUCUGUUCAAGGGAGAUUUCCUAACAGAAAAUUACCAGACAGUGUGAUGGCAAUCCCUGCACAAACUAUUCGAGCCUGCUUCCCCGUCAUUCCCAAAAAAGGGAACGUAGAUUUUGAUGUUGAAGAUGCAAAGCAGCUGGAGCGUCUCAUUUGUCUAGGACAGCCCAAAAAGUUCUUCUGCAGGGAGAUUGGGUUGUCCAAUGGCAUUCUUUUCCUCCAUCCCCAAAUUUUAAAUGACACUCGUGAUUCAUACGUGGAUAUGAAGAAACAAAACAUUAACUGCAUGCAGUUUACAUCGAGAAAAGUUGUCGUCAGCCACUUUGCAAGUUCCAAGUGCGUCUACCUGGUUGAAGACAUUGACAAGCUUCAUUGGAUGGAGGACAGGCUAAUUGUCGAACCGAAAACAUUGCUGAAAGGCCCAUUUUCAGUUGGACAGAUUUGUGCAGCACCCUUUGGUGACAGUAUCUAUAGAGCUCGAGUUUUACCAAACAACAAGGUUGUUUUCAUUGACUAUGGAAAUGAAGAGGAUAUUCGGCACAAGCUGUGGAAGCUUUCGCCUGACGUAGAGCUUGUGUCACCCUUAGCCAAGUGCUUCUGCAUGAGGGGCGCCAACAACCUGCUUCCUGAGGUUGAGAUCGCCCUUGAAAAUUUGCUGCUGAAUGAUGAGGAGUUUGAUGCAGUGAAUGUGUCUGAAAAUGAAGUGGUCCUUUUUAAAAAUGGAAAGGAUGUCCUUGAGGUUGCUCAGUUGGAAACUGAAUUGGAGCUGCUUAAAAGCACUGCUGAUGAUCCGGGGUUUGAGGAAAGUGUUACUGACGAAAAUUUGCAAGGACUGCAAGAAACCCUUAGCCAAGAAAUUGCUCAUGACAAGACCCCACCAACAGAAGGCUCGAUAGGUGGUGAGGACCAAGUAAAGACUAUAACAGAAGCUGGAGGCGCAGUGCACUCAGGCCUAAAUAUGAAAGAUGUUGAACCUAAAAAGCCAGAAAAUGAAGAUCCUGAAAGUGUGGAAGGUUUUAAAACUGAGCUGCUAGAGGAACCUGAAAAUGUGCAGAAAAUUUCUGAACCUGAUAUUCUGAUCUCCCAAAAAUGUGAGGUUGAAGCAGACGAGAAAACGGAAAUAGAGUCCAGUGUGAAAGACGGACAGCAAGAGAGCAAUACGAGAGGAGAUGCGGACAGAGCAGAGGUCCCAGGGACAGUUGAUGAAGUUCCUUUGGACGAUGCCGAAGAAAAGACAGAAAUUAAACUAUCAGUCAAGGAGGAAGCUGCAGAAGACGAAGUUCUCAAAAAGGUAGAAUCUCAAAAUGGCCAUAAAGAGCCUGUCAGUAGUCCUGAGCAAGAAAUUCCCAAGCUAAUGGAAAAUGCUGCACAGGUGGAUGUCGAACAUAGUGAUGAAAAAAACAGGCGAGAAAUACCAGAUAUGGACUUCCAAAAGUUUUUCAUCUCGGCCGUCAAAUCGCCUAAGGAAAUCUACCUCUUGUCUGAUAUGGAGGCCGUCCCCAAACUUUCCAGAGAAUUAUCCUGCCAGCCUGAUUUCCCUUCACAAGAACUAGCCAUUGAUGAGCUCUGUGCUGCUUUGAGCGAAGAUGAUGGCUUAUGGGGUCGUGCUCAAAUCAUCUCACUCCGCCCUCCAACUGGCUUCUUCCUUGACACUGGCAAGGUCUCUCAAAUCAUCAAGUUCAAGACCCUUAAUGAUUCGCACCUGGAGAUGGAGCCAUUUGCCAUCAAGUGUGCGCUCCGAGAAGACCAACCAUCGGACGCAUUGAAAGAAGGGACCUGGAUCAAAGUCCGAGUGAAAGAUGGCCUGGCCGAGUUCCGCUCCACUCGGCGCCAGGCUGUGGUUGCUCACUACGAAUCUCACUGUGAGCUCUACCUGAGGCCUGUUGAGGACGAUCUGUCAGCCAUGGAGUCUCAGCUCGGCUUGGGUUCUCCAGUUAAUGUUGUGCAGGAGGGCUCUUUGUAUGCUGCCCAAAAUGACGUCGGCGACUGGUGCCGUGCCAGGGUCAAUGCCAUCGACGGCGCAGUUUGCCACGUCUUUUUCCUUGACCACGGUGUGUAUGGCCAGGCAAGCAAUUUGAAAAAUCUGUUCCCCAAGUGGCAUCAACGCCCUGAAGCUGCAAGAUUGUGUUUCCUGAAGCCAGUGCCUCCUCCAGAAGCAAGGCCCAAGAUCAAGCAGCUGCUGAAGAGUGGGCUGGUGGUUGAAGUGGAUGGCCUUGGUUCAGGGGACAGAGCACACGAGGUCUCGAUCUACCUGGAAGGCCAAAACGUGAUUGACUUCAAGAUCGACCCUGGAUUGAGACCAGACGCGAAGGCCUUCGUGCCAACGAGGAACUGGAUGACAGUCGGAAGAAAGGUGGUCUCAACUUUUGUCAAAGAAGCCAGAGCUGGAGACGUGUGGGAGGAAGCUGCCAAGGCCAUGGGGAAUUUACUGAAGCAAGCAGAGGACGAGGAAAACCUCUCUGAAAAAGGCCUGGCUGUUUUGGAGGAGGCUUUUCAAGACCACAGAAGUGGAAGCACUCCAUUGUUGAAUACCCCUGCUGAAUCUCCUGAUGAACAAGAAGUGGCUUCAGACCUCAAGUCUCCUCUCCCGAAGUUGGACUCUGCUCAAAAAAGCAAUCAUUUUGCUUUCUCGCCUACGAUGUUCUAUUUCAAAGGAAAAAAAGUGAGCUUCAAGGAUACUGAGCAAGAUGGAAAUCCAAGAUAAGUGUAUUGAUUUCUCCUUCUGGUUUAUAUCACAAAGUUUUUAUUUUUACAAAACCAUUACCCCAUGCAUUACAAGUAAAAUAUGCAUAAUAAUUUGUCUUAAUUUUUGAAAAUAAAGGAUAAAGUACAUAACUGA